AUGCAGGCCGCGGCCGGGGCGGGGGCGGGGGACCGGGGGACCAGGGAGGUCGGGAGACGGGCUGGGGGGUGCGGGGGGCCGAGGGGUGCGCGGAGAGGCCGGGGAGACGGAGGUCGGCGAGGCGGUUCUGUACCUGACUCCGCGCUGCGGCGGCGUCUCCGCGGGGGCGGCUGUGCUGCUCCCUCGGGCUCGGCCGCUGAGGGCCAUGGCUCCCGCGCUCCUGCCGGCUCCACGCGCCUCCGCUCUGAUACUGUUCGACCUGUCUCGCGGGUCAGGCGGGGCCUCCGCUCGGCCCUUCCCCCUCGGCCCACGCACGGGACGGGGCCUGGCACGCGCACUGGGUCGCGGCUUAGUGCCGUUACCUGCCGGACGCUCCCGCCCUGCCCUUUUAAGCCUCAUGACCCCUCAAUCUGCUCUAGGACCCCUGGGCAGCCUUGGAGAUGUCUCUUUGUCCUACCUUGUUGGCCAGGUGUGUGCCUGGGUCCCAUCAACAAGGAUUUCUCUGAGCCCUUGUCCCCAUGUCGGAGCCCUCAUGGCAGACACCAGGCCAGCCCCUGCACGGCAGCGGUGAGCACGCAGGGACACGUGGCUAUUGACGUGAGCCCUGGCCCCAUCCGGCCCAUCCACCUUAUUUCCGACUACUUUCCACAUUUCUAUCCAUUCUUCGGGCCAGAGUUGCACGCUCCAGACUUGAGCGCUGCACUGGCCCCUGUCAUCCGCUCUGCACCCCAGCUGCAGCCUGACCGAGAGCCAGAGGGAGACUCAGACAAUAGCACUGCCCUGGGCACCCUGGAGUUCACACUUGUCUUUGAUGCGGACAACAGUGCCCUGCAUUGCACAGCCCAUCGUGCUAAGGGCCUCAAGCCACCAGCCUCAGGCUCUCUGGACACCUAUGUCAAAGCCAACUUGCUGCCAGGGGCCAGCAAGGUGAGCCAGCUUCGGACUCAAACUGUUCAUGGAACAAGGGGACCUGUCUGGGAGGAGACCCACACCUGUCAUGGCUUCACUCGCCAGGAUGCUGGAUGAAAGACCUUAGGGAGAUGUGUAUGUGAGGACUCACAACUACGGCGCCGGCGUCGGGCACCCUCCUUGGGGGAGCUGCCGGUGCCCCUGAGGAAACUGGUACCCAACCGAGCCAGGAGCUUUGAUGUCUGUCUGGAGAAGCAGAGGCUGACCAAGAGGCCCAAGAGCCUGGAUACAGCCUGUGGCAUGUCUCUAUAUGAGGAGGAUGAAGUGGAGGUAGGGGUGGCAGGGGAGGAGCGUGGGCGCAUCCUGCUGUCCCUGUGCUACAGCUCCCAGCGAGGUGGUCUGCUGGUGGGUGUGCUGCGCUGUGCCCACCUGGCCCCCGUGGACGCCAACGCCUACUCAGAUCCCUUUGUCCACCCUUUCCUGCAUCCAAGCUCUGGGAAGAAGUCCAAAUAGAAGACCAGUGUUCGAAGGAAGACCCUGAACCCAGAGUUCAAUGAGGAAUUCUUCUAUGCAGGCCGUCGGGAGGAGCUGGCCCAGAAGGCACUGCUGGUGUCCCUGUGGGACUAUGACCUGGGCACAGCUGAUGACUUCAUUGGUGGGGUGCAGCUGAGUGGCAGGGCCAGCAGGGAGCACCUGUACUACUGGCGCGAGUGCCUGGGCUGCAGUGACUGCAGACUGGAGCUGUGGCACCCGCUGUACGGUGUGCCUCCCCAGCUGAGCAACUAG